AAGCUAAUUAUUUCUUGUUAAAUUUCUUCCUUCCUUCAACUGAAGGAAUUUCAAAGUGUUCCUUCAGUUUUAUCAGUAAAUUAUAAUAAUAUAUAUUAUAUGUAACUGAAAAUAAUGCUAUUUACAACAUAUUGAUAACAUAAAGUAUACACAUUAAGAAAUAAUUGCACAAAUAUUAAAAUCAAAAACAUAUCACAAUGAUUGAUGUGAAGAAUAAAGUAAAUUCUUUUUUUAUAUUUAACUCUAGUUUUGGGCCGAAAGAAGGCGACGAGCUUAAAAGAAUAUUAUUUUUUCAUCCAACACAAAUUACAGCCGAUGCUAGAAAAAUGCAAGUGGGAUUAUGUGAAGCAGUUGUAAAAUUUAUGACGACAUUCUCUUCCGAACCAUGUGAGGCAUUACAAACACAAUCAAAAAGAUAUAUAUUCUACCAGCCAGAGAAGGGAUUCUGGAUGGUUCUGGUUGUAAGAAUACCUUACGCAACAAAAAGUUCUACAACAGCUGGAGAAAAAAAAGAUAUAAUAGAACCAUCUGUGAUGUAUGAUUUAAUAGUCUCUGCUUACAAAAUAUUUAGAAUGUUUAUAGGCCCAUUUAAGGAUAUUCCACCUGAAGAUAUUUAUUCAAAGUGUGAACAAUUCUUUACUCCUUAUAUUAUGACAAGGAACAUUACUAAUAAUAUAAGUAAUAUAAUACAAGGAAUAAACUAUUUACCAUUGGAAAAAAAUUCAUUCUUUAAAGUAAUGUGCUUCAUAGAUCUACUUGAAAUGAACUAUCCAGAUUUUAAAUGUAUUUCUUUUGUCUAUAAUGAUCAACUUAUAUGGAAUGGCCUUGCUACCAAUGACAUGCUGACACUAUAUCAAUAUUUAGUACAAACAUUACUGCCAAAGCAAGUUGAAAAAGAGAUACAAGGUGGAGCAGUAACCGCUGCUCAGCGGCAUGGACGAUUUAUCAGCCCUUCAGAUGGUAUUCGUAGUGCAGAAGACUUACAUAAGCUUCACAAAGUAUAUCUCAUGCGUGAAGAUGAUACAGACACAAAGCAAUAUUAUCUUGUAAUUUAUAGGACACUGAGUGCCACUGUCUGUUUCACUGUUAAUAUGGAUACAGAUUUAAACAUUGAUACAUUUAGAGCAUUAGAUGCAUUUAUUGGCCCACAACUGUCUACUAUUGCAUCAUCAAUAAGUGAACAGUGUACACUACAUGCUCUGCAAAAUGCACAACUAGCGAGCUCAGAUCAUAAAUUUCUAUAUUUUAACAGACUAAAUUUAGCAUGUAAAACAUCUACGCCAGCUUCUUCAUUAACUCCCUCAACAGCAAUAAAGCCAGAAGUACUAAGUAUAAUUGCAGGCAUACAUUCAGAUAGGAAAAGCCUUGGAAACUAUGGUGAAGUUAUUAUCAAAACACCAGACGAAUAUUGGAUUGCAGGAAAAUCAUCUAAUGAUAGGGAGUUCUAUGUUAUAAUACAAGAUAAAAAUGCAAAUUUAAAGGACAUUGCAGAUGAAGUGAAAAGAAUGUGUGAAGAUCAAAUGAAAGGUAUUUUUUUUUAUCCUAUGUGAAAAUUGUUAUAAACGAAAUUACAUAUUUAUUAUUAUUUAUGUAUAAUUUUAAAUGUAAUGAAUGUUUGUAAUAAAUGUUAAUUAAUAAUAAAAAUA